AUGUCUGCCGCAACCGCUCCAUCCAUUUCGCUGGCAACGACACAGAGCGUAAAACUUCUCGGGGAAAAAGUCACGAAUGCUCCGGACAGCAACAUCAUAGCAAAUACCUCUGCCGCAGGAGACGUUCCCACCCUAUCAACACCUACAAAGAGUGUGGAGGCUCUUGAGAAAGCACUCAUGGAUGCCAUACGAGCGGCCAAGGCUGAACCUGCGUUUCCGUGGUCUAUCCAGGAUGUGGCGCCAGGCGCUUCAAUUCGAGGCUUGAAGUUUGUUACCGACACGAUGCAACGGAUUGCAGUCCCACAAGAUCCAGGGGACUUUGAAGAAGGAGGUUUCGUGUGGAUCAUAGUAGCUGAGCCUACCAGUGAUCGAGACGUACUCGAACGUUCUCGAGGCAACGUCGUGCAUACAGACCAUGGAUUGUUUGUGAUCAAACUACGACCUGGGAUCAUUAUCGAAAAACAUGCUCGACACUGCACGGUGGCUGAGAUGGGCCGCCGUGGCGAUAGAGUUCUAGAUGGACUCUCGCUCGUGGAUCUUAUAGAACGCAUGGGGGUCUUGCCGCUUCAUGCCGCUCCCUUCGAUCCUGCGACACUUUCGGAAGACGAUGAACUGUACCGUCUCAUCUACACCCCUUUAAGGAUUGCGGAAUACUACGGGCCUGGCAAACCCUUAAAUCAAAACUCCAUUGUUCAGUUCUUCCGGACACGUCCUUGCGCCUACAACAACCACUUGCUUCGUGCGGGUAGACUAGAGACGGAAUCCUUUUCAAGACUUCUUGCUACGCCGAACAUAGCGAAGCAGUUACGUACUGAUCUGUCCACUAUGGCUACCGACCCACGUCUUGAUGACCUAAAGACCAGGCCCAUAAACCGCCGACCACGGGAGACUCUGUCUGGGUUUCAGCUUAGAGCAUACGGCAGCUCCAUGGCGCUACUGAAAGCGCUCAGGCUCAAGGCUGAAGAAUACGUGGCACGACCUGCAAACCACUUGCGUACGCCUGAACGUAGAGUCGUUACAGGAGCAAACGCUAGGAAUCGAUUCGGUGCCGAUCCAAUAGCGAAUACAGUUUCCAACGAUACGGCGGCCAUGGUGCAAACAUCUCUUCCGACGACAGCAUCGAGUAGCGGCAACUUCGUUGCUACUACAAGCGUUCACCCAGAUCGCCGCGCCAUGGUACCGGCUCCUACGCUCAUACAAGCAGUCGAGCGAGACUCUUGCACGGCCUACGAAUCCGUCACGAAAGAACUUAUCCCUCCCCUCCAAGUUGCACGGGACAUUGCACGAAUGGAAUGGGAAAUGAUUGCUUGUGACACUACCGGCGUCGAUGUCCGUUCGAAGAAGCGAAAGUUGGCUGAAGCUACAAACCUGCAUGAUGAGGCAAAGACUCUAAGUAUUACAAUGUCCCUUAUUUAA